AUGCGCAGACGAUCUCUGCGAUCCACGAGUCUCGGCCAAUACGACCUCGGCGUACGCACCGAAGCAAGAGGAAUCGAGCAAUUCUGCCGCCACAAACAGUACUGUGACGGCGCUACGGUCACAGAGGAGAAGCUCCUCUUCUCGUCGAGGAGGUGGCCGGACGAGACCCGCCUGGCCUGGCGGUCGGUCCGAACUUAUGUCACCGCAAUCACGGAUCUUUACCGGACGCAGAAGGCCCUCGGAAUGAAUACGCACCCGUCGCCGCGCGAGGACAACGUACGAGAGUACCUCAAGUCCCUACAGCGCCGGGACGCCCAACGAGACAGGGAGAACUAUGCCGAUAAAGGCCGCGAUACUCUGCUCGAUGGUUACUCGGAGUCCGAGUUCGAACGAGAGGGCUCGACCCGGUGCAUGCCGCUCAUCUUUACGACACGAGCCGGCAAGCAGAACCAGCACGGCCGCCUCGAGACCGCCGGCGCGUAUCGGAAUAGGAACCCGCUAAUCUGCAUCUUGGGUGGCCUCGUUCUACCUCUUGUAUCGUUGGGAUCUCGGUACGAAGACCAGAUCCGUCGCGCGGGUCGUUGGAACCAGGAGCAGAUGGUCGGCUGUUACCUGAACUCGUUGCCUCGCAAGUUCAUGCGUACGAUGGCCGGGCACCCGCCGCAGGCCGGAUGCUUCGAGAUACGCCGUGCCGGCGUGACGCCGCCGGAGGUCCUGCUCGAUGAUCUGGCCCGAGCUGACAGUUGGCGAGGCCGGUUCGGUCCCGGUACCGAGCAGGAGAACGACCUGGCAGCGAUGGGUUCGACGAACCUCAUCUUCUAUUUACGGGAGGUUGUCUUGCAGGAUUCCGUUGUCCUGAUGAAGAAAUACCCCGGCAGCCCCGUUUGGAACCACCCGGUCUUCCGGCAUCCGGCCUACGCCCCGUUCGCGCACCAGCUAUCGGACUUCGUCCUGAAGAGGAGCGUCCAAGCCAGCUUGCAGUCCUAG